AUGGGGAAUUUGAUUAGUCUUGAAUGGUUGGAGCUCUCUUCAAACGAGCUAGUUGGGAAGAUUCCUACACAGUUGACUAGUUUGGGUUCUCUUGCAGUGUUAAACCUUUCACAAAAUCAGCUCAUUGGACUUAUACCUCUGGGAAAACAAUUCAAUACUUUUGGUAAUGAUUCCUAUGUUGGUAACUUGGGAUCGUGUGGGUUUCCAUUGUCAAAGAGAUGUGACGACACUGAGGCAUCCGUUUUUCAUGAGGAAGCAGACUUUGAGUUUGGAUCUGUGUGGAAAGCGACAUUUAUGGGUUAUGGAAGUGGACUAGUGUUGGGAAUAUCUGCAACAAAUAUCAUGUUCACCCUUGGAAGACCCAAAUGGCUUGUGAGGAUGGUUGAAGAAGCCAGCUACGAACUUAAGAGAUAUCUCAGAGGAGGAAGAAAUUUGUAA